AUUCUUCAUUGGACCUCUACGACCACCACACAGUCAGUCAUGUUAGAUCGAACAGAAAGUGAAGAUAAGAUGCCACAUCUACUAGGAGUUGAGUGGGCUCCGCUCAAUAUUCCGUUGGCUCGGCGUCUUCAAACUUUGGGAGCACUUCAUUUCUUCUUCAUCACUCUCUUCACACCAGUACUCGUUCUCACCGUUCCAUUCUACAUGUUAUAUACCGUACUCUGGCCUUUGAUCUUUCUGUAUGGGCUUUGGAUGAUUUACGAUUGGAAUUCACCAAAGAAGGGAGCCUAUAUGAGCAAUUGGUUCCAGAGACAAAGAAUUCAUUCGUGGUAUGCCAACUAUUUUCCAGUCAAAUUGCACACAACAUCUGACAUGCCAGAAGAACAUAACUAUUUGAUUGGGUACCAUCCGCAUGGAAUAAUUUCAAUGGCCGCAUUCAUCAACUUUGCAACAAAUGGAACUGGAAUUCUCGAUACUCUUCCACGAAUUCGUUUCCAUUUGUGCACACUUGUUGGUCAAUUCUGGACUCCGUGGAGACGUGAGUGGGGAUUGUUGCACGGAAUGAUAGACUGCAGUCGAGAAAGCAUCAAGCACGUUUUGGAGCAUGAAAAGAAAGGAAAAGCAGUUGUAUUGGUGGUUGGUGGAGCUGAAGAAGCACUUGAUGCACAUCCAGGAUGCCAUAUUUUGACUUUGAAAAAAAGGAAAGGAUUCGUGAAAAUUGCCCUGCAAACUGGAGCUCAACUGGUUCCAUGCUAUUCAUUCGGUGAAAAUGAUAUUUUCAAUCAAGCCGAAAAUCCAAAGGGAUCAACAAUUCGACAGUUCCAAACGAUAAUGAAAAGAGUCUUGGGAUUCUCCCCUCCAGCAUUCUAUGGGAGAGGAGUAUUCAACUAUACAUUUGGUCUUCUUCCAUUCAGAAAACCUAUCAACACUGUUCUCGGCGCUCCAAUUUCAGUGACAAAGACAGUGAAUCCAACUCAAGAACAAAUCGACACACUUCAUCAGACAUACAUGGACCGUCUUCAUGAGCUUUUCGAGGAGCACAAGACAAAAUACGAUGUCUCUCCAACUACACAACUUGUUAUCAAUUAAAUAUUAUCUAUUUAAUCACGUUUGAUGCACUUUUCUCAUAUUUACAUCUCUAUUAUACCUCAUUCUGCAAUUUAGUUCAUAUUUUCAGCCAAUUUUUCAAUAUUACGAGUUCUCAUGUCAAAUAUCCCCAUCAGAUUCAGUUACUAGUUCAGUUAUUUUUAAUCGAUCUCUAUUAUAAGUUUCGACACAGUAAAGAUUAGUUUUUACUCACC